AUGCAUAAGAGCCAAAUCGUUAGACCGAAACCAGACUGUCAAAGCGAAAUCCACUCAGAACGAGCCUGCAAAAAAUUUAUUUCGCUAUGUGUUAAAAUUGUUGAAGCAAGAAUCAAUAUAAAUGUAGCUACAUUAGGUUCUAUGAAGUUAUAUUGCAAAAUUAAUAGUGAUCAAAUUACUAGCUGUUUUAAAUAUAUCUUUUCCCUAUUACUUAAUAAUUAUUUACCUCUUUUGAAAUUCAGCUGAAUAAUAGAAAAAGGCAUAAUCCUAUAUUUUUUAUAUUUUUUUUAUUUUUUUUAAAAAAAUACCCAUCAAAUUGAAUGAAAAACUCACAGCCUUUCUGGCUCAAACCCAAAAUGAAAUGCCACUUAUGAAUUUCGAAUAAAAGAGUCAAGUUCUUUAAAAGUCGUAGUGCACCACAAGGAAAUGAUUUUUGGAGAAAAAGAAGUUGGGAGUUGUGAUAUUAACGUAAAAGAAGUUUCUCAAGGCCGCUUUUCUAACUGAUGGAGUCUCCAAAAUCUCAAAGGAGACACAAUCGGGUCAAUCAUGCUUAAGUUUGAAGGAGAAAUUGACAGAAGAUACACCGAUAGCUCUAUGUUCGGAGUUGUUAGUACCCACUCGACUAAUAAUUCUGUUGACAUUAAAGAAGAAUUUUCAAAGAAAAACGACUUCAAUAAAUUGUCAAAUAAAUCGCUGAGGAAUGAUACUAAACUUAAACUGCCUAGAUCAGACCAAAGACGUAGCGAAACUGAAGAAAGAGAAAGAGAAGACUCGCUUGAAAUUUCUGACUCGAGACGUAAACUUGACCAAGAAACCCGAAUAAAAAUAAAGGAAGAAAAAGUAAAAGAGUGCUUGUAUAGGAUCAAUAAACAAGCCCAAAAUUUAGUAAACGAAAAAAAUGAAAUUCAAAUUUUAAAACAAAAUUUAUCGAAAAGGGAAGAUUUUUUGGCACAAGAGAAAUUGAGGGUUAGUAAGGAGAGAAACUAUAUAAAUGAAGAAAGGAAAAAAUUAGAAGCUUUUAAGGAGCAACUAAAUGUAAAUUACGCACAGCUGAAGCAAGAUAAGUAUAAAGCUCAAGCGCAUAUGAAAUUGUUGGAGGCUACCAAAAAUAGACUGAAUAAAACGUCGUUGCAAAUAACAAAACAUAGAAAUAAAUUAAAUGUCUUAGAAAUGAAGCGAAAAGAAAGCUUUAAUACAUAUUUUAUAGGUUAAAUGUGAUUCAAAAUGCAGGAAUAAAUCUCUAUUUUAUAUAGGUUAUGAGCUGUAUAAAAAAUGGCGAGAACCUAUAAAAGAAUACUUGACUCUCAUAAAGAAAAUUUAGACCUAAAAAUGAAAAAAGAAGACUUUGAGACAAAGCAGUAUCAGAUACAAAGAAAUGGAAAUUCAAAAAUAUUAGGAGAUUUAACUAUCAGAUUAGAACCAUGCUGUGAGCCAGAAAUUGAUAAUAAUGUCUCAAGGAGCGUUAUUUCUUUGAGCGAAUGUGUAAGACCGAUAGAGCAUGAAGAAGACUCUCCUUUAUCUUUUGAUGGAGGCUCAGACGAAGACGUAAAUCUCAUUGAUGACAAUACAAUUGACCAAAUAAACUCAAAUUAA